UUAAGGCGCGACGCGAGGAAAAAAAUUUGAAAAAUGAUGCCUCAGGCGAUAUAUUUUGUAAAUGGUGCCCGUGGACGCGGAGGCCACUACGCCCAAGGAGCCCACUACGCCCAAGGAGCCCACUACGCCCAAGGAGCCCACUACGCCCAAGGUGCACGUGGACGCGGUGCCCACUACGCCCAAGGUGCACGUGGACGCGGUGCCCACUACGCCCAAGGUGCCCGUGGAGGUGGAGGGCGUGGAGGUGGAGGUGCCUACGGCUACCAAGGAGGGCUAAACCGCCGUAUGCGUAGGGCUAUAGCCGCGAUCGCCAGAGACGCGGUCCGUGCUUCCUCACCGGCCCGUGCUGCCUCACCUGCCUCACCGGCCCGUGCUGCCCCACCUGCCUCACCGGUCCGUGCUGCACCACCGGCCCGUGCUGCCCCACCUGCCCCACCGGCCCGUGCUGCUCCACCGGCCCGUGCUGC